AUGAAGUGUAGGGUUCUAGGGACCACAGAGGACCUGAACGUACUCUGGGAGACCCAGGGUCUCCCCAGGGAGCUGGAGCAGAGAGGGACACUAGGACCAGCCCCCAACUCAUGGACUCUGGCUGUGAGCCUGUCCCCGAGCCAGCGCAAUGCCAGCCUCACCUGUGUGGUCAGCAACAAUGUGGACCAGAAAACUGCCACCAAAGACCUUGGGGAAGUAUGCUGGGCUCAAAAAAGUGUCCGGAAAGCAGCUGCACACAAACCUGUGAUUUCCCUCCAUCCUCCAUGGACCACAGUCUUCAAAGGAGACAAAGUGACUCUGACUUGCAAUGGAUUUCACCUCAGUGCAACAGAGAAAACAAUAUGGCGUCGCUUGUACUUGAGGAAAGAAACUUUGACCCUAACCCCAGGAAACACCCUCGAAGUUCAGGAAUCCGGAGAUUACAGAUGCCAGGCCCAGGGCUCCCCACAAAGUGACCCUGUGCACUUGGCCUUUUCUUCAGGCUCCUUAAUCCUGCAGGCCCCAUAUUCUGUGUUUGAAGGCGACACAUUGGUUCUGAGAUGCCGGAAAAGGAAGUACGAGAAAUUGACUGCUGUGAAAUACACUUGGAAUGAAAAACUUCUUUCCAAAUCUAAUCAAAGCUGGGAUCUUCUUAUCCCACAAGCAAGUUCAAAUAACAGUGGCAAUUAUCGAUGCUUUGGAUAUGGAGACAAAAAUGUUGUAUUUAAAUCAAAUAACAAAAUGAUUAAAAUUCAAGAACUAUUUCCACAUCCAGAGCUGAAAGCCACAGACUCUCAGCCGACAGAGGGGAGUUCUGUAAACCUGAGCUGUGAAACACAGCUUCCUCCAGAGCGGUCGGACACCCCACUUCACUUCAUCUUCUUCAGAGAUGGCAGGGUCAUCCUGUCAAACUGGAGCAAGUCCCCGGAACUCCAGAUCCCAACCAUCUGGAAAGAAAACUCGGGAUCCUAUUGGUGUGGUGCUGAAACAGUGAUUGGUGGCGUCCACAAGCGUAGUCCCUCGCUACAGAUCCACGUGCAACGGAUCCCUGUGUCUGGGGUGCUCCUGGAGAGCCAGCCCUCAGGGGGCCAGGCGGUUGAAGGGGAGACGCUGGUCCUUAUCUGCUCCAUGGCUGAAGGCACAGGGGACACCACGUUCUCCUGGUACAGAGAGGACAAGCAGGAGAGUCUGGGGAGGAAAAUUCAGCGUUCCCCGAGAGCAGAGCUGGAGCUCCCUACCAUCAGAGAGAGCCACGCGGGAGGAUACUACUGUACAGCGGACAACAGCUACGGCCCCGUCUGGAGCGCGGUGCUGAACGUCACUGUGAGAGCGACUCCAGGCAACAGAGAUGGCCUUGUCACCGCAGGAGCCAUUGGGGGGCUGCUCAGUGCUCUUCUCCUGGCUGUGGUCCUGCUGUUUCACUGCUGGCGCCAGAGGAAGUCAGGAGAUGGUUUCUUGGGAGAUGAAACCAGGAUACCUCCCACUCCAGGGCCAGGAGAGUCCUCCCAUUCCAUUUGCCCUGCCCAGGUGGAGCUUCAGCGGCUGUAUGUCAAUGUACAUCUCAAAGAGGAAGAUUUGAUAUACUCUGAGAUCGAGAUUAUUCGACUGGGAGAAGAAGGGGAAGCUAGUAUCUCCAGGACACUUCUAGAGAAUGAGGCUGCCUCAGUCGUCUACGCUGAGGUGAAGGCACAACACCCAGAUAACUCAGCUGGAAAGGUCAGCUCUAAGGAUAAAGAACGUUAUGAGAAUGAAAAGUUAGGAGAAUGUCCUACUCAUGUGAUUUGUCCCUUAUCCAAAGCCCCAGGCCCAGUGAAGUCCUCACGGCCCCUGGAAUGAUCAACUCAUUCCAGCUUUCCAAUUCUUCUCACCCAUAUGCAUUAACUCCCAGGAGUACUCUUUCAUUUACUCUGAAGUUGGAAUGGGAUGGCCUCUGAAAGACUUCACUAAAAUGGCCAAGAUCCACAGUUAAGAGAAGACCCUAGUGGCCGGGCGCAGUGGCUCAAGCCUGUAAUCCCAGCACUUUGGGAGGCCGAGGCGGGUGGAUCAUGAGGUCAAGAGAUCGAGACCCUCCUGGUCAACAUGGUGAAACCCCGUCUCUACUAAAAAUACAAAAAAUUAGCUGGGCAUGGUGGUGCGUCCCAGCUACUCAGGAGGCUGAGGCAGGAGAAUUGCCUGAACCCAGGAGGCGGAGGUUGCGGUGAGCCGAGAUUGCGCCAUUGCACUCCAGCCUGGGUAACAAGAGCGAAACUCUGUCUCAAAAAAAAAAAGAGAAGACCCUGUAUUACUUUGCUGUGGACACCUGACCUAAUAUAGUCCCUAGAGUCUGCUUUAGAAACAAAAGAUAAAGAGAAAGAAGGACUGGUUUGAAAAACAAGUGUGAAUUUUGGUGAACUAGGAUUUGCACAGAGAUGAAAAGGGCUGGGUGACCUGGAUCUCUGCUUAAUACGUCUACAACAUUCUCUCACUGGAGACUCACUUGCGUCGUUUGUUUAACCGAGUGGCUGCACGGGUACUACACAGACAGUGCAAAGCCCCUUCACUUCUGCCCUCAGCUUACACUGUCAGGAUUCAGUUGCAGAUAAAAUAACCCACCUGAAGUGGUUUACGGAGAGAGGAAUUUAAAAGAGGACAUCAGAAGAGCUAUAGAUGCAAGCUCUAGGUUGCAUUUCCAAAAGCAAAUGAUAAUUAUGUUAAUGUCAUUGGGGCAAAGACUUGCAACAUUAGAGAAAAGAGACACACAUAUAAAAUUACAAACUUAAGUAACAACUCUGCAAACCUAAAUUUGAAUUGAAAAUAUUAGUAGAAACUCAUAAUGAGCUCUGCCUUAAAAAAAAAAAAGAUAAGUGUUUCCUACAUUUGUCCACUGUAAAGGCCUAGAAAUAACCAACCCGUUAGCAAUAAGCACUCUUUGCAGAGGUUUCAUUCUCUAAAUACCAUUCCCUACUCAAAGGAAAUAAAGUUGCUUUUCUUGUGGGAACUGUGUCUUUGAGUUACUGAUUAGGUUAUGUGAGAAUCAUUCCUGCAAUAAAUGAAGAAAGAAUGAAAGAAAUAGGAAACCACAA